AUGCGUAGACCUUUAGCCGUUGGCCUCCACAAGGCAGCGCGCGCUGAGAGUCUGGUAGUUGAAGAAACAGAAGAAGAAGAAGAAGAUAAAGAAAAAGCCUUUCGAGACAGCGUGUGUCCGGUUUGUCUGCUUCGUGGUCCGCUGUGGCUUCAGUGUGUGUGUAGGUGUGUGUGUAGGUGUGUGUGUGUGUGUCCUGAGGUGGCAGUCGGCUACGGUUUGUGUGAGAAACACCGCGGGAAGGAGAGAAAACUUCCGUCCACUCUCAUUUUCUCCUUGGACAGAUGAGCAGGCUGGCCGGGUGCUGGACCAUGUGAGUAGAGAGAGCAGGACGAGUGACUCCUGUCAGAGCCAGUGAGAGAGCGGGUGGAGGAGAGAGUAGGAGGAGGAGGUGGUGAGAGGAGGAAUGGGCGUGGGGAAGAACUCCACCUGUAAAUCCAUGGACUCCAACACAGAGCCGGGCAAAUAUGAGGAGGAGAGCAAACACAGUGCCAACUUCUACCCCAUCCCCGUGGUGGUUAAUGGAGUGUCCCCGACCCCUGGAGACCAGGACAGGGAGGACACCGAACUCAUGGCCAUCUAUACUAAAGAGAGACAAGCAGCUGAUAAAAGUUCUUUAGCGGAGACGGUGGACAGCACAGACAGUACAACUGCCAGGAGGAUGGACAUGAUCUACACCAUAGAGGACACCCCGCCCUGGUACCUGUGCGUCUUCCUGGGUUUACAGCACUACCUAACAUGCUUCAGUGGGACGAUCGCUGUACCCUUCCUGCUGGCUGAGGCCAUGUGUGUGGGAUUUGACCAGUGGGCUACGAGCCAGCUGAUUGGCACCAUCUUCUUCUGCGUGGGCAUCACUACACUGCUGCAGACCACCAUCGGCUGCCGACUUCCGCUAUUCCAGGCCAGUGCAUUUGCUUUCCUCGCCCCAGCCAGAGCCAUACUUUCACUAGACAAAUGGAAGUGUAAUGCAACAGAUAUUCCUGUGGUGAACGGCACUGAGCUCAUGCACACAGAGCACAUCUGGUACCCCAGGAUACGAGAGAUUCAGGGUGCUAUAAUCGUAUCCUCCCUGGUGGAGGUGUGUGUGGGAGCACUGGGUCUCCCCGGUGUGUUGCUGAAGUACAUCGGGCCGCUCACCAUCACCCCCACCGUGGCCCUGAUCGGCCUGUCUGGCUUCCAGGCAGCAGGAGAGAGGGCAGGCAAACACUGGGGCAUCGCUAUGCUGACAAUCUUUCUGGUGCUGCUGUUUUCUCAGUACGCACGCAAUGUGCAGCUGCCACUUCCCAUCUACAAAGCCAAGAAAGGAUGGACCUCCUACCGCCUCCAGCUCUUUAAGAUGUUCCCCAUCAUCAUGGCGAUCCUGGUCUCCUGGUUCCUGUGUUUCAUCUUCACAGUGACGGACGUGUUUCCUCCACAGAGGGAUCAGUACGGCUACUACGCUCGCACAGACGCCAGGCAGGGCAUCCUGGCAGCUGCUCCCUGGUUUAAAGUUCCCUACCCCUUUCAGUGGGGGUUGCCGACGGUAACCGCAGCCGGGGUGAUUGGGAUGAUGAGCGCGGUGGUCGCCAGCAUCAUCGAGUCUAUCGGGGACUAUUAUGCCUGUGCGCGACUGUCCUGUGCCCCGCCUCCUCCUGUACACGCCAUCAACAGGGGGAUUUUUGUCGAAGGACUGUCCUGUGUACUGGACGGAUUGUUCGGCACAGGAAACGGCUCCACGUCUUCCAGUCCAAACAUCGGGGUUCUGGGGAUCACGAAGGUGGGCAGUAGGCGGGUGAUACAGUACGGAGCGGUGCUGAUGCUGCUGCUCGGCACGGUGGGGAAGUUCAGCGCUCUCUUCGCGUCUCUUCCGGACCCCGUUCUCGGAGCGCUGUUCUGCACGCUCUUCGGCAUGAUCACGGCCGUGGGCUUGUCCAACCUACAGUUCAUCGACCUCAACUCCUCACGCAACCUCUUCGUCCUCGGCUUCUCCAUCUUCUUCGGUCUGGUGCUCCCCAACUACCUCAGGGGGAACCCUCUCGUCACGGGAAUCGCGGAGAUCGACCAGGUGCUGAACGUUCUCCUGACCACGGCCAUGUUCGUCGGCGGUUCCGUGGCCUUCAUCCUGGACAACACUAUUCCUGGCACUCCGGAGGAGCGAGGGAUCCGUAAGCUGAAGCGCGGCUCCUGUUCCGCUGCCUCCGAGCUGAAAGGGAUGCGAUCCUAUGACCUGCCAUUUGGAAUGGACUUCCUGCAGCGCCACAGCGUCUUCCAGUACCUGCCCAUCAGCCCCACGUUCAGCGGAUACCAGUUUAACAGACUGGGCGGAGCCUGUCGGGGGCGGGGCAGCACGCGAGGAGAGGAGGUUGUGGUCACGAGGAUGGAGGCGGGAGAAAGCAGAGUGUGAUAUGGAAAGCGAGAGCUGGGCUCGCGUGUGUGUGUGUGUGUGUGUGUGUGUGUGUGUGUGUGGUCUGAUCUUCAGUAUACAUGUAAAAGAAGAAAACAUUCCACCAGGGGGCGAUGAUUUUAGGACGUCUCACCGGCCUAAAGAUGGAAAUGGAUUUGGCAAAUUAAACACACACACACGUUUUUAUUUCCUUAGCAAAGCUGCACUGCACUGAGAGAUUCAGUUGUGAUGUAUUUCCUGUUUUAGGUUAGGUUUUACACAAAAGCUACAAGAUUUAUUAUUUUUUUUGGUUUCCCAGCGAUUCUGUUAAAGCCGGUCGCUCGCUAAAUGCGAAGUAAUCGCAAUCUGUCCGAUUAUGCAAGAGUUUGCGAGAAACACACACUUUUUUCCAACCGAUUCCUCGGUCUUCAGUCUUAUAACCUGAUCUAAAGCUUGACUUGGUCGUCGUUGUCCACUCGACCCCACACCCUCGCAUCCUCUCUCCGCUCUCUGUGCCUGCUUCACUAACGCUGGUGAAGUAUUGACCAACCCUUUCGUUCUACUACAAAAUAUUAACCUAAACGCAAGUUUCAGAUAUUUUUCUGUGCUCGCGAGACAGGGCGCCAGUGCAUGCAUGAUGAGGAGAAAGUGGGCGGGGCUUGUAAAGGAGCUUUUUUUGUGCAAGAGAAGAAAAAAAACACAUGCACAAGUUUUAACUUACUGCAAAUGUAGUCGAGCGUCUAAGGCGUGUUUAAUGUCUGAUCUUUUGUUUGUUUACGACUGCACAGGAAGUCUGUCUCACCUGGAACGCAAAGCCUCUAGAGCACUGCUGGAUUCGAACCCACAACCUUCUGAUCAGUAGCCCAGCACUUUAACCUUCUCCAUACAAAAGGCAAUUUUUUUUCCAUCCACUAAAGAAUUUCCUUUUAAAUUUAUGGAGGUCUCCAGUGACGAGGUUUUAUUCAUGUUUACAGAGAGCAGAAAGUCACACUGUCACCUAAACCGUGUGUGUUUGUGUGUGUUUGUGUGUGUUUGUGUGCGUUUGUGUGUGUGUGUGUGUGUGUGUGUGUGAGGUCACUGAUGACCUGGUCCUGAUUAGAGAGCAGGUUUUGGGCGAGAUAGACUUCUAAGCGAACAUCAGACACCACAUGUCUUGCUGAUCGACUGCACUGGAGCAUGUUUUUGUUUUAUUUUCUUUCCUCAACUGUUCUUUAUUUAAAAAAAAAAAAAAAGAAGAAGCAAACCCUAAAAGUGUGUAUCAGCCUCUCCAGGAUUUCGGAUUUAUUUACUUUAUUUAUUUUUGUGAUUGUUGUGAGCAGAAAUGCUUGAUUUUCAAAAAUUUGUGAUGCAGCUUGCUGUUUUUGAUUUUUGUGCAUUUUAUUUGAGCAGACUGGGUGAAAGCACAGGAUUCUGUCCUAGCAGUGAGGACCCAUGCUGUAUGUAGUGAUUUUAUAAGAUGGCUGUCCUCAUGCUGGAAGAGGGAUUUGUCUCUACGUGUGCUGUUGUGCUGUCACACCACGCAUCUCGGCUCAAAUCUGCACAAAAUCUGCAUCAUUUUGGGGGAAAAAAAUCUUCUCAGAAUAUGGCGAGAAUAUUCCUGCGAUCGCGAAAUCCUGGAGCGACUGAUUCCGAAGUCCUCGUUUCCCCGAUGUUACCGUUAAAAGCUGCCUGUUUUUAUGUACACUAUCAGAAGCUUGGAGUCUCGCUCCUCGACUCUUGCAUGAUCGGGGGUUUGGUCUUCACACUGUAGCCGUUGUUCUUAGUUAUGUUUAUAUUUCUCUCUAUACCUGAAGGGUGACGCGUUCUAUAAGCGGUGCUUUUUAAUAUCCGAACAGGAUUUUUUCCCCAUGCCGGUUUAUCCACUCGUUGAUCGCCGACGCGCCAGAAAUGCCAUCACGUGACCCGAGAUGUCCGCGUCACUUCAUGACCCCCGCGGCCGAAACCACGUUCCGUGUAUUUAUUUAUUUAUCUAUCCGUGCUGCUCCGAGCCGUCGGCUGGGGAAAUUCCACGUGAGCAGGAAAUCGACCGAGUGGGAAAAACACGGAGGGAAAUGUCUGAGAGAUUUACAGGAACGUUUGUUCAGAAAUUUACAGUCGAACUGGUGCUUCAUGGAAAAAAAGAAGAAAAACGUCAUUCCAUGUGUCGUGGUGUUUUGAAUCAAACAUCACUUUCUUUUCUUUUCUUUUUACACAGUAAAAUCUCUCUCUCUCUCUCCCUCUCUCUCUGGGCAUAUCGUUCGUUAGCGUGUUUUUGUUUGUUUGUUUUCUCGUAAACGACGUGUUCUCACCGGACGCACUCGUGAGAACUGUUUUAUUCGUAACACUGAGGGCCGGGUUUUCCCCCACGAGCGAUUUUAACCCAACACUCUGGAGCUGCACCGACACGGAUUUAAUUAUUUAAUUAAUCCCAUUAGUUUGACGCUAAUUAAAGGAUUCGUUCAUUCAGGUUUAUCGUCAUCAGGAAUUAAAGUCAUUUAUCUGAACCUGUGAAGAAAUUUUGUUUACUUUCAUUUUUAACUGGACAGUCCACUAACAGCAGGGUUUUUUUUCUUUAUUUCUUUUCUUUCUUUUUUCUUUUAAAUACUGGCCAAACAGAAUCCACUAACAGCAGGGAUAUUUCUUCUUUCUUUCUUUCUUUCUUUCUUUCUUUCUUUCUUUCUUUCUUUCUUUCUUUCUUUCUUUCUUUCUUUCUUUCUUUCUUUCUUUCUUUCUUUCUUUCUUUCCUAUUUUAACAAAUUAGAAUUUAUUAUCAGCAGGUCUUUCUUUCUUUCUUUUAAUACUGGCUAAACAAUUUAUUAUCAGCAGAAUUUUUUUCUUUUAUUUCUUCUGUUUUUUUGGGGUUUUUUUUUUUUCAUUUUAAAUACUGGCCAAGAAUUUACUUACAGCCUUUUUUUUGGCCAAUCAGAAUCUGUUAUCUACAAUAUUUUUUUUUAAAAAUAGCGGCCAAUCAGAAUUCACAAAUUCACUAAUGUUGUUUUUUUUUCCUCCCAAAUCAAAACCAGCAAUUUUUCUUCUUUUAGGAUUUUGCAUGUUUUUUUUUCUUGAUAAAUUUAACCCCUAUUUAGAUUAAAACCCUGGGUAGAUUUUGCUCCUCCGUCGGUUUGUUGCAGCCCAGAGACACUUUUACAUUUCCACAGCCGGUCACUUUGUGCCAGUAUUAGAGACGUUCUGGACUCUGUGCAGGAGGCGGAGCCAAAUGCGAACCUGCUGUUUACCGCAGAGAGACCGGUGACGUGAGCUACAGCGCUGACGAUAAAAUAUCACUGCAAAAAAAUAAAUAAAUAAAUGAAAAAUAAUAAUAAUAAUAAUAACACCUGAGAAAGAGGUCUUGAAACCUAUGUGGAUUUAUUUCAAUAUUUCUUUUUCUUAUGAUUUUAUUAUAAAACGUGAGACAAACGUCACUCCAGGAUACUUGAAGAGAUUGUACACUAAAAAUUUCUGACUGAAAAAAAAACAGCAGUGUUACAGUUAAAUAAAUAAAUGAACAAAUAAAGUUUAAUGAUAUGGAGUAAAAAAAUAUGUGUUUAAUGCUGAAAAGGUGGGGGAAAAAAUCAAACUGUUUAAAAAUAUAUAUAUAUAUAUAUUUUUAAUAUCAUUUUUAAAAUCUCAUCUGGUUUUGGUCAGUGUUUAAUGUGUAUUGAUAGAAGAAAAAUAUUUUAAAAUUAAUUUUAAAUAUUGAUAAAUAAAUAAAUCUCUUAUUAGAUUAUUAUUAGAAUUUAGAUUAGAAUUAGAUUUUAUAUUGAGAUUAAUCCCAAAUCUUUUGCAUUUUUCCACAUUACGAGUAAAAUUAAAUUUAAGUUUGCAUUUAUUUAUUUUGCUAUAAUUGAGUAUCAUUUUGAAGAGAUUUGCGCUUUAAUGGUCAUUAAUGGUUCACUGGACUGCCAUGAGGAAAUCCCUCACUGUGUUUACUCUUCCACUCGUCCUUCAGACCUCAAAGAUCAUGACUCGCAUUUCUCCUUUUUUCCUCCACCGUUAUUCCAAUCACACCAUCUUCACUUUAAUUUUUAAAGUCCAUCGAAUCCCAAAUCUGGACCAGUCUGUAAAUAUUUAUCUGGACAUUGCAAAGGGGACGGUGAAAAAGGUCUCAGGUCUAAACUCUAAGAUCUGGAUAACUGGAAGUGAGAUUUACUAAAUUUUAGAAUUUCGAUUUGCGUAUAAUUUUUCAUUUCCACUAAAAUUUGAACAGAAUUUGGAUCCGGUUCAGAUUUCUUUUCCCUCUUUUUUUUUUUUUUGAAAAUAGUCUGCUAAUUUUAUUUUAUUUUUCAUUUCCACUAAAUUUGUUGAGAAUUUGGAUUAGAUUGUUUCUGAUUUCUGAAAUAAUUUCUUUUUUGUUCUUUUCUUUUUUUUAAAUAAUCUGCUAAUUUUAUUUUAAUUUUUAUUUCCACUAAAUUUGAACAGAAUUAGGAUUUGUUUCCAGUUUCUUUUUUCUUUUUUUUUUGAAAAAGAAAUCUGCUUAUUUUAUUUUUCAUUGCCACUAAAUUUAUACAGAAUUUGGAUUCGAUCGUUUCCGAUUUCUGAAAGCUUUUUAUUUUAUUUUUUAUUUAUUUAAAUAAUCUGCUGGCUGAAUUUCACUUGGUUUAUUACAUAAA